AUGGCAGGAGUAAACGCAGAGCCGCCGCAGAAACAGGAAGAUCUUCAGCCCCAUCCGGUAAAGGAUCAACUUUACGGUAUCACUUACUGCCUCACAACUUCUCCUCCUUGGCCUGAGACAAUACUUCUAGGGUUUCAACACUACUUAGUGAUGCUUGGAACGACAGUUCUCAUUCCAACAAUGUUAGCUUCAAAAAUUGAUGGAAGAAACGAAGAUAAGGUAAAGUUGAUUCAGACAUUGCUCUUUGUUUCUGGACUCAACACGUUAUUGCAAAGCUGGUUUGGGACUCGUCUUCCUGCUGUCAUUAGUGCUUCUUACACCUAUGUGCCAACCACAAUGUCAAUCAUCUUAGCUACUCGGUACAAUGACAUUAUGGAUCCUCAAGAGAAAUUUGAAAAGAUCAUGCGUGGAAUACAAGGUGCUCUUAUAUUUGCCUCAUCUCUUCAGAUCCUUGUUGGUUUCAGCGGCCUUUGGCGCAAUGUAGUAAGGUACUUGAGUCCCUUAUCAGCUGUUCCUCUUGUAGCAUUUGCUGGCUUUGGACUCUAUGAACAAGGGUUCCCUAUGCUAGCAAAAUGCAUUGAGAUUGGACUGCCUGAGAUCAUACUACUCAUCCUAUUCUCACAGUACAUUCCUCAUCUGAUGCAAGUAGAAAGAUUGUCCAUCUUCUUCCACCGGUUUGCUGUGAUAUUUUCAGUGGCCAUUGUAUGGAUUUAUGCAUACAUUCUCACCAUUGGUGGAGCUUAUAGUAACACAAGAAUCGAUACUCAAAUCAGUUGCAGACCUGAUCAUGCUGGCAUCAUUAGCGCCGCUCCAUGGAUUCAAGUGCCUUAUCCUAGUCAAUGGGGAACUCCUACUUUUAAUGCUGGAGAUAUUUUCGCUAUGAUGGCUGCUUCUUUCGUUUCCCUUGUUGAGUCCACAGGGACAUACAUUGCUGUAUCGAGGUAUGCAAGUGCAACACCAAUCCCACCUUCUGUUCUGAGCCGUGGAAUCUGUUGGCAGGGAUUUGGAAUUCUUCUAUGUGGAUUAUUUGGAGCAGGAAAUGCAACAGCCGUGUCUGUGGAGAAUGCUGGUUUGUUGGCUUUAACAAGGGUUGGUAGCAGAAGGGUAAUUCAAGUAUCAGCCGGAUUCAUGAUCUUCUUCUCCAUUCUUGGUAAAUUUGGGGCCAUCUUUGCUUCUAUUCCAGCUCCUAUCAUCGCAGCUCUUUACUGUUUGUUCUUCUCAUAUGUUGGUGCUGGUGGUCUAAGUCUACUCCAGUUCUGCAAUCUCAACAGUUUCAGAACAAAGUUCAUUCUUGGAUUCUCCAUCUUCAUGGGAUUAUCAAUACCUCAAUACUUCUACCAGUACACAAUUGUCCAUCAUUAUGGACCCGUUCACACAUCCGCAACAUGGUUCAACAUCAUCAUAAACGUUCCUUUCUCAUCUAAAGCGUUUGUUUCCGGGAUUUUGGCCUUCUUUCUAGACAUGACAUUGCCUCCUAAGGACAAGACAACAAAGAAAGAUCGAGGAUCCCAAUGGUGGAAGCGAUUUAGAUCGUUCAAAACCGAUAACAGAAGUGCAGAGUUCUACUCUUUGCCUCUCAAUCUCAGCAAAUACUUUCCUUCUCACUGAUUAAAUGACAUUGUAAAAUUUUAGAAUCAGAGUUAUAUCAACUCAGUGUCCUAUGAAAGCAAAAUGGAACUUUAUAUAGUAAAGAUGGAACUUUUGUAUUCU